AUGAAGAUUAACCUCCAUAAGGCUUUUGACUCUCUCCAUUGGGAUUUUAUUUCCUCUAUCCUAAGAGCCCUCCUUCUUCCUACUCGUUUUAUAGCUUGGAUUGAGACUUGUUUCACUCAAGCUAGGUAUUCCAUCGCUUUCAAUGGUUCUCUUAUUGGCUAUUUCAAGGGCGCUAGAGGUUUAAGACAAGGUGAUCCACUCUCUCAUACUCUUUUUGUUCUUGCUAUGCAUGUUUUAUCUAAGAUGCUUAAUUUGGAUGCUGCCAAAGGAGUGUUUGGUUAUCACCCAAAAUGCAAAAGGAUUGGCCUUACCCAUCUUUCUUUCGCUGCUGAUUUAAUGAUCUUCUGUAAGGGUAAUGCUGAUUCUAUUAUGGGUGUCUUAAGCGUUCUGGAUCAUUUUUAUGAUAUCUCUGGGCUUCAUCUUAAUUCCUCCAAAUGUGAAAUUUUUUCUGCUGGUUGUUCUUCAAGAUCAAUGGAUUUUUUUCAACAUAUCACUGGUUUAAAAAAAGGCAGCCUUCAUGUGAGAUACUUAGGUAUCCCUCUUGUUACUCAUAAACUUACUGAGAAGGAUUGUGUUGUGCUCAUUGAAAAAAUUAAAAAGAGGCUCCAUCAUUGGUCUGCUAGAAAUCUGAGCUACGCUGGCAGACUCGAACUCAUCCGUUCUGUUCUUUUCAACGUCUCGAAUUACUGGUGCAGACAACUUAUCCUUCCAAAUUUGAUCCUUGCCAAAGUGGACCAGCUCUGUUCCAGAUUUUUCUGGAAAUGUGAAGACAAGUCUGCUUCAGGUGCUCGAGUAAGAUGGGAUGUUAUAUGCUUCUCUAAAGCCGAAGAUGGUCUUGGAUUAAAGAACACUAAAAUAUGGAACCAAGCUUGUUCUAUUGAUCUUAUUAGGAAAAUAUUAACAGGUGAUGGCUCGCUUUGGGUUGCAUGGUUAAAAUCUUAUGUUUUCAAAGAUCAAGAUUUCUGGAAUUUUGUUACAGGUUCUAAUGUGAGUUGGACUGUUACUAGAAUUUUAAAAUUGCAUUCUAUUGCUCUCACAGUCUUACCUUCUUCUGGUUAUCUUAGGCUUAAUGAUAUUUGGGAAUCUAUUCGAAUCAAAAGGGUGAAAGUUCCCUAG